AUGGCUUGGUACGACAUCAACAAUUACAUCUCUCCCGAAACCGUCAAUGAAAUUGCCAGAGAGCACUGGGUCGAGACGUGCCUACGCCCUAUCAUCUACUUCAUUACCGAUCCUGUGCUGAAAUGGCUCUUGGACUCCUGGGAUCCACACAGUCUACUCUCCACGGUCGCGUUCGUUGUAGCUUUCUCUGCCUUCUUCGUUCUCCUUGUAGUUGGACUCGUUCAACUUGGGUAUUCUUGGUAUGUUGUGAAUCGCUGGCUGAGCGAUUGGACCGUCAAGUUUCUCAGGGAAAAGCUACACUUCUUCCUUUAUCGUCCAAAGGCGUUCCCUUUGAUGCGCCUUCCACCAGAGCUCCGCCUGAAGAUCUACGAGUACCUGUUACCUGAAGAUCGCAUGUUCCAUCUUACGGCUGGCAUACCCGAGGCAACGUGGAAAACUCAUUCGUCCACGCAAGGUGUCUUCCGCAGUAGAUUCCCAGCUCUGCUGUACGUUUCUCGCCAAGUCCAUCGGGAGUUUCAACCUCUUUUCUACGGCUCCAGCACCUUCGUCAUCACCAUCGACAGGCCAAAGGAACUGUUCAGCGCUUUGAAAAUGAUUGAACAACUCUUGCCUCCCAACUCAAUCAAUCAGGUCGACGUGUUCACUAUGAUGCGCGAUCUCCGCCUCAGGGUAGACACUCGCGCGCUCGUCGAUGUUUCUGGACCCGCUGCUAGGAUGGCCAUGUAUGGCAAGAGCACCUGCAAUUCUCAUGUCAGCAGUUUGCGCGGAGAGCACAAGAGGGUGGUUGUUACUGAUCACACAUAUGGGUACUUGCAACACAUGUACAAGGGUAAAGAGGAGACUGAGAAGACUCUGGAUGAACUGGUCGAGAAGGCCAAGGUGAACAAAGAAGGCAGCAACGUUGAUUGUCGCCUGAUACGUGAGAUGAUCGACGCCGUCUUCGAGGAGUGGUCGCUCCACCAGGAGAAUGGUUUCAAGGAGAAGCUGUUGGAUUGGACUCCCUGGAAGUUCUUCAGGCAGUGA